AUGUCAAUAUCCCUUUUGGAGCGAAUUCCGAUCGAAAUAUGGGAAAAGAUUCUAUAUCACGCCACCUUCUCUCCGCUCUUGCCUUUUACAGAGGAUGGAGAGCUAACAAACGACUUGGUCGAUAAUCUGCUCCUUUUUGAAGAUCACUGUCGGACGUUUGAAGCAUAUCGGGCCCAGACGCAGGCGCUAGUCGAGCGCCUACGUCUCGUGUGUCGGCUGUGGACCAAACUACUCCGACCAAAAACCAACGAACUAUCGCUCAUAACCAUAAGAGGAUACUUUUAUCCAUCUAUACACGGCACAUUGCUCUCGACACGACUAGUAUACUGUCACCGUGGCGGUUGCCCCUGUAGAUCGCAAGAGUGCAGGUAUGACGCCUAUGAAGCUAGGCUAGGACCUGUAAAUUCUCUAUGGGGAGCAAAAGGUGGCGAACCUCUUCAUCUUCUGUGGCCCCGUUUACGGAUUCUCACGUUGCAGACGACUGAGAAUUUGCCCCUACAGCUUUUAGAGCUUGUAGAUGGCGUAAAAGCGUUAUCCAUCACUGUUGGAGGUGGACCAGGGUACUAUUUAGACGAAUUUCCGCACCGUGCGUCUCAGCUGACACACCUAGAUAUAAACUGGCGGAGGGGAUGGUCUAGCUGGUCAUUCACGGCGCAUGCACUUCCACAAUUACAGUACCUGAAUGUCAAUUUUCUCAUUACUGACCUGAGGAAUGAGGAGGGAAAGUCUCUAGAGGGGUGGACCCUUCCAAGUUUGCGGACGCUUGUACUGGGCGGCAUCAUCUAUGACAUUCAAGAAGAGCAUAUUCACAACUUUGUGAUGCGCCAUAUUGAAGGGCUUGCUGCGCUGAGCUUGGUGUACACGAACAUGGACUGGUCAACGGAUGGAUAUAAUGGACCGGCACGAGCCCCAGAUGGGAUAUGGGAUCGCGUGUAUCCCAAUUUGAGCACUAUUGGAGUCAACAUUCAAUACUGUGGCGCGUUGGUUGAGAAAGGGUGGGUUGAGCGAGGUAGACGAGAGGAUUUCCAAGUACACACAAUGGUCGUCAAAGGGCUUUCAAACCUUUAUCGAGAUGACUGGGCGUUGUUUGAUGAACUUGUUGGGCGACUUGGACGAAUGUGGAGGGUCGAGAGGUUUGUGAGUGCUGAACCUUGGGAGAGAGUAAAAGAUGUCACUUUGCCGUCAUUGCGAAAUCUCUGCGAGGUGCUCGAGAAGGAGAAUUUGGUCAUGGUGGAUGCAUUUCGAGUGAGCUUGCAAGAUGCGUUUGGACACCUCUUGGAUCGCUAG